GUUACCUUUCCCUACUCGGCCUGGGCUUGAAAUUCGAGUCUCACGCCUCGGAAGAGAAGGAAAGAUUUCGGGCUUUCUCUUUCUCCCUCUCCCUGCCCCCGCAUUUCCCACAUGUCUGUCGGCUUUCUUAUAUAUGGAGCCAGGGUAUGGAUUGCCUACUGUAGUCAGUGAAUAGCAAGGUAGCUUGACCGAUGACUCUCUAGCACAAUACUUUUCCUCGCACAGAUUAAAAUUCAGACGCCAUGACUUCGGCGAGCGACGCAGGACUACGCAAGAUCAACCUUGUGCGAAUUGCUCAUGUGUACUACACACACAAGGGCAUUGCCAAGGCGCACCAGUUUUUGCAAGAUUUCGGCUUGCAAGAGCUGAAGAGGGUCGGGAACAAAACCUACUACGGCGGUACUGGACCCGAACCCUUCGUCUACUGUGCCUCCGAGGGAAGUACGGACGAGUUUGGCGGCGCCGCCUUCGUCGUCGAGUCCAAGGACGAUCUCGAGUACGCAGCCAAAACUCUACACAACGCGACCGAAGUUCAUGAGAUGCUCGAUGAACCUGGCGGCGGCCUGCGGGUGACAUUUUUCGAUCCGGUCGAUGGAUUCCCAUUCCAUCUUGUCUACGGCCAGAGGCUCACCGAGGGCGCCGAGACUGGGUCGGCGCGGCAGAAGGUCAACUAUCCUACCGAGAAGCUGCGAGCAGCAAACCAGUUCCAGAGGUUCGAGAAAGGUCCUGCCCCGGUACACAAACUGGGGCAUUUUGGCAUGUGUGUGACAGACUUUGCCAAGGCGUACAGCUUCUACACGUCACGAUUCAACCUUGUCGCCAGCGAUCUGGUCCACGAUGACAAUGGGCAAGACGUCACCACCUUCCUGCAUCUUGACCGGGGCUCCGAAAUGGUGGAUCACCACUGCUUCUUCUUUUUCCAGGGCCCCAAAUGUCACGUUCACCACUCCUCAUUUGAGACAGUUGACUUCGACACCCAGCUCCUGGGCCACGAUUGGCUACGGGAGAAGGGCUACGAGAACUGCUGGGGAGUCGGGAGACACAUUAUGGGCAGUCAGAUUUUUGACUACUGGUUCGACCCUUCACGCUUCAUCCUGGAGCAUUACGUCGACGGUGAUCUGGUGAAUUCGAGCUACCCUACGAACAUAUCUAAGGCCUCCCCGAACAACCUGCACAUCUGGGGUCCGGACUUGCCUCCGACUUUCCUACAAUAAUAAGACUAGAUUUUCCUUUGGGGCGCAUGCUAGUUACGAACCGAGCAGGAGAUAAAUAGGGGAGAACUUAGAACCGAG